AAAAGUUUAAUUUCAUUAAGUAAAUUACAAACCGUCUGGAAUUUUUUUGUAUUGUUUUUGUUGGCAAUUGUCUUUCCACGAUGUUGGUGAAUGUUACCCAGCGCGUUGCCGCUGGCACCAGCGUCAUCUUAGGCGGUCGUAAAUCCAACGGCAAUGGCAACGGAACCGCAGCUGCUGCUGCUGCUGCCGCUGCUACUGCCGCUACGAACAAAAACUACGAGAUUAAGCCCCCAACUCGGGCCGCAAAAAUGGCGGAAGGCAAUGGCGAACUAUUGGACGACAUUAACCAGAAAGCCGAUGACCGUGGCGAUGGCGAACGUACUGAGGACUAUCCCAAACUACUGGAAUAUGGUCUGGACAAAAAGGUCGCCGGCAAACUGGAUGAAAUCUACAAAACCGGCAAACUUGCUCACGCCGAGCUGGACGAGCGCGCACUGGACGCGCUCAAGGAGUUUCCUGUUGAUGGUGCCUUGAAUGUGCUUAGUCAGUUCCUUGAGUCAAAUCUGGAACAUGUGUCAAAUAAGUCUGCUUACUUGUGUGGGGUUAUGAAAACUUAUCGUCAAAAGAGUCGCGCCAGUCAACAGGGUGUGCCCGCGACCGCCAGCACCAUACAGGUAAAGGGUCCGGAUGAGGAGAAGAUCAAAAAGAUUCUGGAACGCACCGGUUACACAUUGGACGUGACCACAGGACAACGCAAAUACGGCGGGCCGCCACCCAACUGGGAGGGGAAUGUGCCCGGCAAUGGCUGCGAGGUUUUCUGUGGUAAAAUUCCCAAGGAUAUGUUUGAGGAUGAGCUAAUACCGCUAUUCGAAAACUGCGGAACCAUUUGGGACCUUAGACUAAUGAUGGACCCCAUGACUGGCACAAAUCGUGGUUACGCAUUUGUCACAUUCACAAAUCGCGAAGCGGCCGUUAAUGCUGUGCGACAGCUCGAUAAUCACGAAAUAAAACCCGGCAAGUGUCUGAAAAUAAAUAUAAGCGUACCGAAUCUGCGCCUUUUCGUAGGCAAUAUACCCAAGUCAAAAGGCAAAGAUGAAAUUUUAGAGGAAUUUGGUAAACUUACAGCUGGCCUCUACGAGGUAAUCAUCUAUAGCUCGCCAGAUGACAAGAAAAAGAAUCGCGGCUUUUGCUUUCUCGAAUACGAUUCACACAAGGCGGCUUCAUUGGCCAAACGGAGACUUGGCACUGGUAGAAUUAAGGUUUGGGGAUGUGAUAUUAUAGUCGACUGGGCUGAUCCACAGGAGGAGCCGGAUGAACAAACAAUGUCUAAGGUUAAAGUACUCUACGUGCGAAAUCUAACGCAAGACGUUACAGAGGAUAAACUGAAGGAACAAUUCGAGCAAUAUGGCAAGGUGGAACGCGUCAAGAAGAUAAAAGACUAUGCCUUUAUACAUUUUGAGGAUCGUGAUAGCGCCGUCGAAGCUAUGCGUGGCCUUAAUGGCAAGGAGGUCGGCGCCUCUAAUAUUGAGGUCUCCCUCGCCAAACCACCAUCGGACAAAAAGAAAAAGGAGGAGAUUCUGCGUGCACGCGAACGACGCAUGAUGCAAAUGAUGCAGGCGCGUCCCGGAAUUGUUGGAAAUCUGUCGCCGACACACCCCAGCAUGAUGUCCAUCACACCCAUGCGCCUACCAGGGGCGCGUAUGCCUCUACGCACACCGAUACCCCGUGAAUACGACUACGAUUAUGAUUAUUUUGGCUAUUCGGAAUUUCGCCCCGGCUUUGGAGCUGAUUCGUACUACGAUGAUGUUUAUCGUGCUUAUGAAGGCGAGUAUAGCUAUUAUGAUUAUCCUAAUGCCGCCAGCGGCAAUGGAGCUGCCGGUGGCAUUAGCAACGGUGCUGUGGCCAUGUCUAACAAUUCGGGCGGUGGUUCCGUUCCUCUGGGCGCGUCCCAGCGCCCAUCAAGAUCCCAGCAAGGUGGCUCAGCUAAUUCGCCAGUGAUUAUGGGAGCUGGUCGUGGGCAUGGAAUCACAGUCCCGCGUGGCCGAGCCGUUGGCCAACGUGGCAGCAUCAGUCGUCUGGGGGCCCAACCAGUGCCACAGGCGGCGGCAGCGGUGGCGGCGGUGGGACAGGCGGCGGCGGCGGCUCAUCGGGGGGCGGCCACCGUUCAGGGGGCGCCGGCAGCAACCGGGGGGGUCCGUGGGGUGGCACCAAUGCGUCCCAGCGCUCCUGGCACCCAGCACGUCAAGCCGCUACAAAAUUUACCAGUAGUCGGUAAACGUAAGUUCGAUGGAGGUCACCAAAAUCCGGCAGAUGUUAAGCGACGUUACCAGAGCGGUUUAAUAGGAAAUGGCGGCAGUUGGGGCAGUUUACCGCUACCACAGCAACCUUUAGGCACAAAUGGUGAACAGUGGUAUAUGGAUACGUUUUCGGCAUGGAGUUAAAAACAACAAUGACAGGCAACUACAGUUAAAAAUAAAAGUAAAACAUGGAACGAACUUAGAAGGCACACCAACAACCAACUAUAACUACAGCUACUGCAACACAGCAUAUGCAUAUAUUUAUAUAUAUAUAUAUGCAUAUUUGAUUUUUUAUCUUUUCAACUCUAAAGAAGCGUAGCAAAAACAAUUAUAUCCUAUAUAAGAAGAGCAAUCGGGCUUUAUAACCCUACGAAAUUACUUUGUUUAGGUACUGCUUUGCACAUCUCUCUCUCUAUCUCUAUAUAAAUCUGAAAGAAAUAAUUAUUAUAUACAUUUAUAUAGCAUAUCUAUAGACUUGCCGCAGCAUUUUAGCAAACAUAUUUCGUUCAACUUUUAUAAUCACAUAAUACAAAUUCUAAAUAAUUAGAGCAUUUUGCUAAAACAUUUUAAAGGCAACAUGAAUACAAAACGAAGACCCUUUUAAAAUUCAAGAACUACAUACGUUUUUAACUUGAAAUGGAAACAAUAAUUGAGCAUAUAUAACAAACUGAUAAAAGCAGAAACGAAACAUAAUUACAUAUAUAAAUCUAUUUAUAUCAGUAUAGUGCAGUUAGGCUCGUAUUGAUUUUAAAACUUAAGCAACUUUUUUAUACAUAACGCGUAAACCAAAUUGAUAAACAAAGUAAUAAACAUUUUACUACUAUUUGUAUAAAACUGAAUCAAGCAGAAAAUCGAAAAGGAGAAAUUGCACAACAAUAAAAAACCAAGAUUUCCUUCAAUUGUAAAUACGAAACAAAAAAUUAAAAAUUACAUAAAUUUAAAGCUCUAAAUAAUUGAUCGAAUGAAUCAAAUUAAUAAAGUAAUUCAGAAGCAAAGCUUAAUGAAGAAAUAUUGACUGAAAUUAUAAAAACAAAAAGAAAAGCGAAAAUACAUUAAAUUCGAAAUUAGUCUUGAUGAGUUAAGGAAACUAAAUUAUUAAAGCGCAGCAGCGAUUGGCAUUAUUAUAUAAUGUCUUGGACUGUGCACGUUGGCAAGACUUUCCGAUUAAAUUGCAAACUAUUUUAGGUAACUUGAAA